CUCCAAGAAGUAUUGCCUUCUUAAAUUGGAUUCUUUUAAGUGGGGUCAUUCCUCUUCUCUGCUUUAUUUGACUCCAACUCUUUUUUAUUUAUACAUUUUAUGAAUGUAUGAAUGAAUACCGUUUGUAAACAUCAUAAUCAACACCAGCCUUCCCGUAGGUCCAACCUAUCAAUUAUAUUCUCCUCCGUUGGUUGGCCAGUGGUUUGUGGUCUAAAGCGAUAAAACUUGGGGGCUUAUCAGGAUCUUCUAGGAUAUGCCUUCAGGAAAUCCAAUUAAAAUCCAUUCCCUGAACAAUCUUUUAUGGAAUAUCUAAGUGCCAAGCACUCUUCAAUAGAAAUAUUAAUAAUCGACACGUUUGUGCACUUCCUGAGCCCAUUCUAUGUGCCAGUACAGCUAUUAUAAGCAUUUCAAGAGAUGAGUAAUGUGUCUCCCUCAUCGCGGAGUCCCGGGAUUUGGUGCUGGGGCGAGAGGAAGGAAAACGUGGGUCCGGCCAGCAGAGGGCGUGCUUCCGGCCCGCCGAGGCUUCCAGGCUCCCACGCUCGCUCCCGAGCACGUCCCCGCCCUCCGCGUCACGUGACGCGGCCGCGGAACCUGAGCAGCCAGGCCUGAACGGAGCUACUAAAUUCGUUGCCGGUGGGCAGUGCGGGUGCAACCACAAAGGCAAAUCCGAAGGCGUUGGGGAGGUUCGUGGAGCCGAUGCUUCCUCUUCCAAGUCAGGUCGGCUCCUGUUACCUUCUCACCAUUCGCCGUUCCCGUCUCCCUGAGCGCUUGCAUGAGCUCUUUCGUGUGGGGAAGCUCCGGUGACCAUGUAGGGGGAAAGCGUGAGGAAGCUCCGGGUGCUUGGGACAAGGCCAGCGCUGUCGGCACGCCGCCCCGGCGCCCACCACACCCCAGGUGCGGGCCGCUGGGCCCGUGGGCUCUGGUGGGAACUCCGGCCUCCAGUUGUGGCCUGGCCGGGAGCGCCACGAAUUCUCGCGUCUUCUCGCGAGAGUCUAAGUUGAAGGAACAUGGCGACGUCUAAUCUGUUAAAGAAUAAAGGUUCUCUUCAGUUUGAAGACAAAUGGGAUUUUAUGCGCCCGAUUGUUUUGAAGCUUUUACGCCAGGAAUCUGUUACAAAACAACAGUGGUUUGAUCUCUUUUCGGAUGUGCAUGCAGUCUGUCUCUGGGAUGAUAAAGGCCCAGCAAAAAUUCAUCAGGCUUUAAAAGAAGACAUUCUUGAGUUUAUUAAGCAAGCACAAGCACGAGUACUGAGCCAUCAAGAUGAUACAGCUUUGCUAAAAGCAUAUAUUGUUGAAUGGAGAAAAUUCUUUACACAAUGUGAUAUUUUACCGAAACCUUUUUGUCAACUAGAGAUUACUUUAAUGGGUAAACAGGGCAGCAAUAAAAAAUCAAAUGUGGAAGACAGUAUUGUUCGAAAGCUUAUGCUUGAUACAUGGAAUGAGUCAAUCUUUUCAAAUAUAAAGAACAGACUCCAAGAUAGUGCAAUGAAACUGGUACAUGCUGAAAGAUUAGGAGAAGCUUUUGAUUCUCAGCUGGUUAUUGGAGUAAGAGAAUCUUAUGUUAACCUUUGCUCUAAUCCUGAGGAUAAGCUUCAAAUUUAUAGGGACAAUUUUGAGAAGGCAUACUUGGAUUCAACAGAGAGAUUUUAUAGAACACAGGCACCCUCGUAUUUGCAACAAAAUGGUGUACAGAAUUAUAUGAAAUAUGCAGAUGCUAAAUUAAAAGAAGAAGAAAAACGAGCACUACGUUAUUUAGAAACAAGACGAGAAUGUAACUCUGUUGAAGCACUCAUGGAAUGCUGUGUAAAUGCCCUGGUGACAUCAUUUAAGGAGACUAUCUUAGCAGAGUGCCAAGGCAUGAUCAAACGAAAUGAAACUGAAAGUAGAUUUUAUUAUGACUCUGAGAAAUAUGUUGAGCAAUUACUUACACUAUUUAAUAGAUUUAGUAAACUCGUCAAAGAAGCUUUUCAAGAUGACCCACGAUUUCUUACUGCAAGAGAUAAGUUUGAAUGGCAUAUAAAGCAUGUUAAGGCUACCAUAUUUAAACUUGAAUUACCUUUGAAGCAGAAGGGGGUGGGAUUAAAAACUCAGCCUGAAUCAAAAUGCCCUGAGCUGCUUGCCAAUUACUGUGACAUGUUGCUAAGAAAAACACCAUUAAGCAAAAAACUAACCUCUGAAGAGAUUGAAGCAAAGCUUAAAGAAGUGCUGUUGGUACUUAAAUAUGUACAAAACAAAGAUGUUUUUAUGAGGUAUCACAAAGCUCAUUUGACACGACGUCUUAUAUUAGACAUCUCUGCUGAUAGUGAAAUUGAAGAAAAUAUGGUAGAAUGGCUAAGAGAAGUUGGUAUGCCAGCAGAUUAUGUAAAUAAGCUUGCUAGAAUGUUUCAGGACAUAAAAGUAUCUGAAGAUUUGAACCAAGCUUUUAAAGAAAUGCACAAAAAUAAUAAAUUGGCUUUACCAGCUGAUUCAGUUAAUAUAAAAAUUCUGAAUGCUGGUGCCUGGUCAAGAAGUUCUGAGAAAGUCUUUGUCUCACUUCCUACUGAACUGGAGGACUUGAUACCUGAAGUAGAAGAAUUCUACAAAAAAAAUCAUAGUGGUAGAAAAUUACAUUGGCAUCAUCUCAUGUCAAAUGGAAUUAUAACAUUUAAGAAUGAAGUAGGUCAAUAUGAUUUGGAGGUAACCACGUUUCAGCUGGCUGUAUUGUUUGCAUGGAACCAAAGACCUAGAGAGAAAAUCAGCUUUGAAAAUCUGAAACUUGCAACUGAACUCCCUGAUGCUGAGCUCAGAAGGACUUUAUGGUCUUUAGUAGCUUUCCCAAAGCUCAAACGGCAAGUUUUAUUGUAUGAACCUCAAGUUAACUCACCCAAAGACUUUACAGAAGGUACCCUCUUUUCAGUGAACCAGGAGUUCAGUUUAAUAAAAAAUGCAAAAGUUCAGAAAAGGGGUAAAAUCAACUUGAUUGGACGCUUGCAGCUCACUACAGAAAGGAUGAGAGAAGAAGAGAAUGAAGGAAUAGUUCAACUAAGAAUAUUAAGAACCCAGGAAGCAAUCAUACAAAUAAUGAAAAUGAGAAAGAAAAUUAGUAAUGCUCAGCUGCAGACUGAACUAGUAGAAAUUUUGAAAAACAUGUUCUUGCCACAAAAGAAAAUGAUAAAAGAGCAAAUUGAGUGGCUAAUAGAGCACAAAUACAUCAGAAGAGAUGAAUCUGAUAUCAACACUUUCAUAUAUAUGGCAUAACUUUGAAUAUCAUCGACAAUAUUAAGAACCCAAAUUUUGGAGUGCUUGGGCAGAAAGUUGUAACAGUUUGUGCUGGAGAAAGGUUUAUUUGGACUUUGAUUACAUAAAUAUUAAAAUCUCUGCCUUACCUUACAAAACAACUAUAUUUUGCCAAUCACAUUAGUUAGCAUGAUGGCAUUCCCUUCAUGUUGCACACUCUUUAACAGCAUGCUGUUUUGUGGAGAAACUUGCAUUCAUGAAGAGCCCAUUAUGAACUUUUAAAAGUAAAUUUGAUUUAUACCCACCAGGAGAAAUACAGUUGGGAAGGGUGAGGGCGGGGUUCUUGUUGCUUUUUUUCUCUUUUUUCCUCUCUUAGAAAAAUGUACUUGCACAUGGAAGGAUUUUCAGAUAUUCAUGCACUGAAAAAUGCUGUUAUCUUUUGUUUUAAAAAAAUGCAAUUAAAACUAGAAAUAGUACUGUUGGUUUCUUUUGAUGAAAAGAGUGAGCUGGUCAACACAACAUUGGGAGAGGGCAGAUGUGUGAAGAUAAGUAUUUUAGGGUAUCAAAUUGUUUGUUCAGACACUGCUUCAGUAUAAUAACUGGAUUUUAAUGGUGACCUAAAAAUGGUAUUAAAUAUUUCUAACUUACAAAUGUUGGUUUUCUUUAAGCAGGAGACUGCUGUUUUAUUUGUUUGUUGUUAAAUGAUGAGUUUUUUAAAAAAUCUUAUAUGGCUGGACAGCUUGUUUGAAAAAGUGAAGCUUAUAUUGUUGCUUCAAUUGUUUAAAAAAAAUGUGUGGAGAUAGGUCAUUAUGAUUGCAGAGUCAAAUAGCAAAACAAACAUAUUAAGUGUGUUUGGUAACACACUUAAUAUAUUUAUAUACCUAAUAUUUAUUAUGCCAUAUCUAAAGUUAUUAAAAACAAUGCAGAGAUCUCCUGCUCUGAUACGGUGCAGUUAUGUAAUUGAUCUCUUAAUCUGUAGCGUAGAACUAUUUUGGUAUUUUAAAGUCUCAUGAUUAGGGAUUUAUAGCCUCAGGUUUCUGGAAAGAAAGACAUUUUCUUUUAAAAGGUAAUAAUUAAGUAUCAGUCACCUACGAGGAAGAGAAAAACCACAACAUAAGACCUGAAUAGCAUAAGCAAAAUUGUUGCAAUCUUAAUAUGAGCAGUAAACUUGCCAAAUAUAUGUACAUAUAUAUUUAUAUAUUUUAAAAAUAAACAUUUUUAAAAUGUUCAGAAGGCAACAUUUACCAUGUUCCUUUCAGUCAAUCCAAAGUAGCAACGUAUUAGUUGCUGGCAACUGAAUAACCCAGAGUAGUGGAAAUUUUAAGACUUGAAGACUUGAACAAUUUAAAACAGAAAAAUUUAUUCCCCAUUGGGAAAGAAUGCCUCAACAUGGAUUUUUACUCAUUGUGGUGCACAUUUCAAAUUUUCUUGCAAAUUAUUUUAUAUCUUGUUUGGUGUUAAGUAAUAUUUUUAAAAUAUGGUUUUGAAGAUAGUAGGAAAUGGAGUACGGAAAGGCAUACAGUAUUAUAUGAUAGCAGAGUGCUUUUAGGAGCAUUUCAUGGAACCUGUCACCAAUCCCAAGAGGCUUUGUGAGCUGCUUGCCUGAAAGGAAGGAAAGUAAAUUUAAAACACUUAAGGUUUUGCUGAUUAUAGUUAAAUGCCUGUACUGAAACUCAUAGGAAAUUGGAAUUUUGUUUAUAAUUUAAGAUCUUAUGCUGCUUCUUUAAGGUAGCAUAUGUCAAUUAGUAGACCAAGCAAAAUGCUUGUGAUGAAUUAAACUAAAAUUAGUGCUCACUGUUUUCUCUAAUUAGAUGACUGCUAACAAUGGAUACAUUUGAAAUUUAGAAGAAAUAAUUUUGUAGUAAUAGUGGCCCUUAUGUUUAACAAAUAGUUUGGUAUUGGCAUAUUUCCUUGUUCCAAUACAAGAAUGCCAAAGGAGGAAACAUUGGGAGGAAAAAUUACAGGCCAUUUUUUAAAAUUUAGGAUGUGUUAUUUUGAACCAUAAUUGUUCUCAGUACUUCUUGGGAAUUUCUAAUCUUUUUGCUCAUUUAAUUUAAGAAUGAGAGCCAUGACGUUUUGAUUUAUAAAGGCAAAUUUAAUUCAAAAGUGGGUAGGUAACACUAAAUCCAUAGAAAGUUUUCUAUUAAAUUUUAUAAAUUUUUUAAUAGCUAAUUAUGUCCUAAUUGUAUUUUGGGGAUUGAACAGCAGAAUAUACUGUAAACUUACAGUUUUCAUCACUUUUGUUUGUUAUAUAUACAAAAGUUUAACUACUUUUUGGUAUUUAUGGAAACCAUUUAGUUGACAAGGUGCCUGUAUUAUUGAAUUUUCUUUAAAUACUUUGACAGUAGAUUUGCUAAUUUAAAAAAAAAAAAAGGAAUGAAAAAAUCUUACUAGCAAUUUGCUAAAGGUUCAGAAUCACAGUUAAUAUCCUUUAUCAGGUCUCUUGUCUCUACGUGUGCACUUAAAAUUAGUGCUAUACGAGCAGGGAUGAAACCUGACAUAGUUAAGGGAAAAGAAAAUCCCCACCCCAAAAUAUACACAUAUAUAUUUAAUUUUUUUUUUUAUGAGUAGCAUGGUAAUAGGAUGCUUCAGAGGUUAACUUAAGCUUUGAACAUUCACCUAAUUUAAAGAUGGAAACAUCUGGACAACGUUAACCUUGUUGCCAUCUCAUUGCCAGAUUAAGUAGACAUGAAAUAAAAUUUACAGAGUGAAAAUAUACAACAAUUUUGAUGCUUACAGUGGGAUAAGUAUUAGAACAUUACUGCUCCAGUGAUUUAAUGAGGAUCUUGAAAUAAAUUCUGAAGUCUUCCAAUUUUUACAUUUAUUAGAGGGGUCCCUGAAUUCUGUCAACUUGUUUAUUUAAGUCUCUUGCUCUUAUUUUGUGCAUAAAUGUUAAGAUUUCCAAAAAUGAAAUGUUAGUUUUAUUUUUACUUUUUAUUAAAUUUAAUACAAAAUAUGACCUGAAUAGUUAAAAGAUAUUUUGCAUUAUUUGCAGUAGGAUGUCAUUAGCCCCACUCAAAGGGCAAAUUUUAAAACUUCAAUUUGGGUGAAAGAUUUGCUAGUUUUACAGAAAGAUUUGCUAUCUUAAACUCAAGCUGGUUUUUCUAUUUUCAUGUAAAUGACUGGGAUGCUGUCUUAUAAAUUCUUCCAAGGUCAUGUUUGUGAAAUAAACAUUACAUGAGAGCUUUCCUGUCAUCUACACUAUAUGUCGUCUGGAGUGUUGAACAAAUUUGAGUUCCUAAGUUGUAAUCUAUCCUCAUAUGGUCUAUACGAUUUUGAAUGUGUGCCACUACAUACUGAGAUGAUAAUGCUGUACAAUUUUAAAUGGUAGCAGUUUCUGUAUGCAGUAGGCUGAAAUAUUUUGAUGAACUGCUUAAUUUUUGGAUUUUAUUUUUUAAGUUGUAUAAUUUAUUUUCUUGCAAAAUAAAAAUGUAAUAUAAAAGCUUU